ACCCGGGGGUGGGGGAGACCCGGACCCAGCGACAAGGGAGGGGGCGCGCCUCCGGCUCGAGCCUGGGCACCUGCGCGGGCCCGAGGGGGCGGCCCCAGACUCGGGGGUCGCCCCACCCGCCCGCGGCCCCAAGUCUCGCGGUGCUGCGGCCUGGCCGGGUGAGCCGCGGCCCGGCACCCCCCGCCGCGUGACAAAGGCUGAAGCCGGAGGAGGAGGCCGAGGAGGGGGCGGAGGCGAUAAAGGCGGGGGCGGCGGGCGGCCGCGGCGGCGGGAGAGCGCGGAGGCAGCGCCCGCCCGCGCCGUCCUUUGUGUGGCAGUGGUGGCGGUGGCGGCGGCGGCGCCUGGGCCUGCGCUGGCCUCGCCUGCCCCGGGUGGGGCGCCCGGCUCCGCGCCGCCCCUCCUCGUCCCCGCCCGGCGCGCGCCGAGCCUUCCGAGCAAGAUGGCAACCCCGGCGGCGGUCAACCCUCCGGAAAUGGCUUCGGACAUCCCUGGAUCGGUGACAUUGCCCGUUGCCCCCAUGGCAGCCACUGGACAGGUGAGGAUGGCCGGGGCCAUGCCCGCCCGCGGAGGAAAGCGGCGUUCUGGAAUGGACUUUGAUGAUGAAGAUGGAGAAGGUCCCAGCAAAUUUUCAAGAGAGAACCACAGUGAGAUUGAAAGGAGGCGGCGGAACAAGAUGACCCAGUACAUCACCGAGCUCUCUGACAUGGUCCCCACGUGCAGCGCGCUGGCCCGGAAGCCAGACAAGCUCACCAUCCUGCGCAUGGCCGUCUCGCACAUGAAGUCCAUGCGGGGCACAGGGAACAAGUCCACAGACGGCGCCUACAAGCCUUCGUUCCUGACGGAGCAGGAGCUGAAGCAUCUCAUCCUUGAAGCCGCUGAUGGGUUUCUGUUUGUAGUGGCGGCUGAGACGGGGAGAGUGAUCUACGUGUCAGACUCCGUUACCCCCGUGCUGAACCAGCCCCAGUCAGAGUGGUUUGGGAGCACCCUCUAUGAACAGGUGCAUCCUGACGAUGUGGAGAAGCUGAGAGAGCAGCUGUGCACCUCAGAAAACUCAAUGACAGGCCGGAUCUUGGACCUGAAGACUGGGACGGUCAAGAAAGAAGGGCAGCAGUCAUCCAUGAGGAUGUGCAUGGGCUCCCGGAGGUCCUUCAUCUGCAGGAUGAGGUGUGGAAAUGCUCCUUUGGACCACCUUCCUCUAAACAGAAUAACCACCAUGAGGAAAAGGUUCAGGAAUGGCCUUGGCCCUGUGAAAGAAGGAGAAGCCCAGUAUGCUGUGGUCCACUGCACAGGCUACAUCAAGGCUUGGCCUCCAGCAGGAAUGACUAUACCCGAAGAAGAUGCCGACGUGGGACAAAGCAGUAAAUAUUGCCUUGUGGCAAUUGGAAGACUCCAGGUGACCAGCUCUCCUGUGUGCAUGGACAUGAGCGGGAUGUCGGUGCCAACGGAAUUCUUAUCCCGGCAUAACUCUGACGGGAUCAUCACAUUUGUGGACCCAAGAUGCAUCAGUGUGAUUGGCUACCAACCCCAGGAUCUUCUGGGAAAGGACAUUUUGGAAUUCUGCCACUCUGAGGACCAGAGCCAUCUGCGGGAGAGCUUUCAGCAGGUGGUGAAGCUGAAAGGCCAAGUGCUGUCGGUCAUGUAUCGAUUCCGCACCAAGAACCGGGAGUGGGUGUUAAUCCGCACCAGCAGCUUCACCUUCCAGAACCCCUAUUCUGAUGAGAUCGAGUACGUCAUCUGCACCAACACCAAUGUCAAGCAGCUUCAGCAGCAGCAGGCGGAAUUGGAGGUGCACCAGAGAGACGGGUUGUCAUCCUACGACUUACCGCAGGUUCCUGUCUCCAACCUACCAGCCGGGGUUCACGAGGCCGGGAAGUCUGUGGAAAAGGCAGACUCAAUCUUUUCCCAGGAAAGAGAUCCGCGGUUUGCCGAGAUGUUUGCAGGAAUCAGUGCAUCGGAGAAGAAGAUGAUGAGCUCGGCUUCUGCGGCAGGAACUCAGCAGAUCUACUCCCAAGGCAGCCCGUUUCCCCCGGGACACUCGGGAAAGGCCUUCAGUUCUUCGGUGGUGCACGUGCCUGGCGUGAACGACAUCCAGUCCUCUUCCUCGACGAGCCAGAACAUGUCCCAAAUCUCCCGGCAGCUAAACCAGAGUCAGGUGGCGUGGGCGGGUAGUCGGCCGCCCUUUCCCGGACAGCCAAUCCCCUCCCAGUCCAGCAAGACUCAGUCUUCUCCCUUUGGGAUUGGAACGAGCCACACCUACCCGGCCGACCCCUCCUCCUACAGUCCUCUCUCCAGUCCAGCCACCUCCUCGCCCAGCGGGAACGCCUACUCCAGUCUUGCCAACAGGACUCCAGGGUUCGCUGAGAGUGGACAAGGUAGCGGGCAGUUCCAAGGGCGGCCCUCGGAAGUCUGGUCGCAGUGGCAAAGCCAGCACCACGGACAGCAGAGCGGUGAGCAGCAGUCCCACCAGCAGCCGGGUCAGACUGAAGUGUUCCAGGACAUGCUGCCCAUGCCAGGAGAUCCAACCCAGGGGACCGGCAACUAUAACAUUGAAGACUUUGCUGACCUGGGCAUGUUCCCGCCGUUUUCUGAGUAGCUGCGGACAGAGCGAGGCUUCCACCGGGCAGUGCCCCCCGUGCUGUGACAUUGACGCCCACGUGAACGGGCCCCCCCCCCCGCGCCCUGCUUGCCCUGCCACGGGACCCCCCAGCAGAAGACAUCUCACCCCCCGUGUUCCCCUCACUGCCGUGGUGUUGCUCAGCUUCUAACCCACAGCUGCAGCUGCUCGGCCACCGACCAAGAGCCCAGUAGACGUUGGGGGCUGGUUGUAUUUAUUGUAUUUUACCUGUCUGUGCUUGGGAGGCGAGCCCAUUGGGUUCUUAAAAUCUGGUUGUGAAUAAUCUCAUAUUAGACAAUUUUCAUCUAUAAAAAGUUCAGUUA